CAGCUGUAGCUAUAACUGCUGCAGUGUUGAAAUCCAUGGUUGUUGUGAAUUCCCCUUUAAAUCUCACUGGGGGAAUGUUUACCUCAUGCGUGGAAGGAACUGGGCACAUGUUAGGGUCUUUACUACAGGAGUCCUGUACAGAGGCAGCAGACCUCACUGUGGAACAGCAUGGGGGCAAAUAACUACUUGGUUGCUUUCACUUUAUUCCUGCUUUUGCCUCACUUAACCAGUUCAAAAAUAGAACUGGUCGACAAUGGAUACAGAAACAUAGUUAUUGCAAUCCAUAAAGCUGUGCCUGAAAAUCCUCAGCUCAUUGAUAAAAUCAAGGAAAUGUUAAAAGAAGCAUCCAACUAUCUGUAUGUUGCAACAAGAUUCAGAGUCUUUUUUAAAGAGGUAAAAAUAUUAUUACCCGACACCUGGACGCCAAAGCCUGAUUUGUAUAAGAAAGCAGCUACUGAAACCUACAGCCAGGCUAACGUCAUCAUUGCUGGACAGAAAAUUACCAAAGAAGAUGAGCCUUACACAUUACAAUAUGGAGGAUGUGGCAAAGAAGGACGGUAUACUCACUUCACACCAAAUUUCUUAUUAAAUGACAAAUUUAUUAAAGUUUAUGGACCAAGAGGCAAAAUGUUUGUACAUGAAUGGGCUCAUCUACGGUGGGGAGUAUUUGAUGAAUACAAUAGUUACCAGCCAUUCUACAGAGAAGGUGAACACUACAGAGUAACAAAGUGCCCGAAAAAUCUGUCGGGAAAAGUAUGCCUUGGAAAUGACUGUUCCAAAUGUAAUCUGGAAAAUGCAAGUGACCCACCAAAGGAAGGCUGUGUUUUUUUCCCAGAAAAGUAUCAAGAAUCAAGUUCAUCUAUAAUGUACACAACUGUAGUAAAAUCUGUAAAUCAGUUUUGCAAUAAAACCAAUCAUAACCAAGAUGCUCCAAAUGCUCAAAACAAGUUUUGUAACUUAAAAAGUACAUGGGAAGUAAUUCUGGAGUCUCAUGAUUUCCGCAAUGCCAAUGAAGCAACUGAUGUAGGUUCAGUGGAACCGCAGUUUACUGUAAUGCAGGGAAGAAAGACUGUUCUGUGUCUAGUCCUGGAUAUAUCAGAAAGCAUGAGUGUGAGUGGGAGACUAGCGAGAUUACAGCAGGCAUCAACACUGUUCAUUCAGAAGAUCGCAAAAGAAGGGUCCUUCAUUGGCAUUGUGACUUUCAACAACAUUGCUUUUGUUAAUAAAGGUUUAACAUAUAUUUCUGGGGAAGAUGUUAGAAAAACACUAGUAAAUGCACUGCCCACCAGAGCAGAAGGGGGAACAAACAUCUGCAGUGGCCUCCAGGAGGCAUUUGAGGUACUAAGCAAAGAUGAUGAAAGCACUGAAGGAGAUGAAAUUCUUCUGUUAACAGCAAGCAAAGAUUCAGGAAUAAGCAGUUGCUUUGAGGCAGUAAAGAAAAGUGGAACCAUAGUGCACACUAUUGCAUUGGGUCCAAAUGCAGCAAAAGAACUUGAAAUGCUUUCAGAAAUGACAGAUGGAAAGAAUUAUUAUGCCUCUGAUAAUUUUAAUUCUAAUGGAAUACUGGACGCUUUCAUGGAAUUAUCAGGACAAAUUCAGUUGCAAAGCACUGGAGAUACAAAGGAGCCAGGGGAAAGUUUAGUUGGAAACGUUUAUAUUGCCCAUGAGGUUGGAUUCAACACAACCUUCUUAGUGACCUGGCAGACUGAUGUCAAACCAGACAUUUUCAUUAUUGAUCCAGAUGGAAAAGAAUAUUUAACCAAAGAUUUCGAAUUAGAAGAGAAGGCAACAGUUGGCACACUGAUAAUCCCUGGAAAAGCAAAGACUGGCAAAUGGUCUUACAGUGUCCAGAAUAUGGCCCAUCAAGCUCAGCCCAUGACAAUUAGUAUAACAUCGCAACCAUCUGAUGCAAAGUCUGAACUGGCUACUGUGGAAACCUAUCUGCAACAAACAAAUGAACCACCUUACAUAGUUGUUAUUUAUGCAGAAGUUCUCAAGGACUUCAUGCCUGUCCAUAAUACUAUUGUUACUGCAAUUGUUGAAACACCCACUCAAAUUAUAAGAUUCGCUCUGCAAGAUAAUGGAAUAGGUGCAGAUUUGUUCAAAGGUGAUGGCGUUUACUCUUCUUUUAUGACUGACUAUGAUGGGACUGGCAGGUACACCUUCAAAGUCCAAGUCUUAGAACGUCAUACUGAAACUAAGGCUGCAGCUGGACACACCUCAGGUGCCAUGUAUGUGCAAGGAUAUCUUGAAAAUGGUACUGUCCACUUGAACCCACCAAAACCAGUUGUUGAUGAUGAAGACUUUCUUGUUGAAGAUUUUGUCAGAACUAAAUCUGGAGGAACAUUCAUGGUGAAGGUGGUGCCUCCUGCCAACCAAGAUGUUUUUCCUCCUUGCCAAAUUACCGAUUUGUCAGCAGAAUUAAUAAAUAAUACUGUUAAUCUGGCAUGGACAGCACCAGGUGAUGACAUGGAUAAAGGCACAGUGGCAGAAUAUGAGAUACGAAAGUGCAAGAAAGCAGUGCACCUGAGAGACGAUUUUCACAAUGCUACCCAGAUCAACACUUCCAGCAUUAUUCCAUUGACAGCGAGAUCUAGACAGCAGCUCUCAUUUGACCUGGAAGAGGAAGAAAAAGUUAAAAACAGUGCAAUAUUCUUUGCUGUUGUUUCACGUGAUGAAAAUCUUUUUGCUUCAGAUGUGUCCAACAUAGCCCGAGUAGUGAUUUAUCAUCCUAGUCCUAAAAGCCGGGAUCCUGAUGCUAGCAAUCAAAACAGGAAGCUCACGGUGGGCCUAGCUGUGUCUUUAGUCACAUUUAUUUUAUGUUCUGUUCUUGGCCUAAUUGUCUUCAUUAUUAACAAAAGAAACAGUAGAACGAAGGCAUUAGAUGAAGAACAAGUUAGGAAAAAGUUAAAUAUAGUCACAGAAGCAUAAUAAACAAAAAACAGUUUUAUAUGAUAUAUUCAAAUAAGAUCAUCUACUGGCACUCAAAAUGAAAAAAGGACUGUAGUAUUUUCCUGUUGGCUUUUUCAACUUAUAUUUAACCAUAUUUUAAUGCUGGUGCCUGUGCUUUCUAAUAUGUACUUUUAAUGAUACAAUAUUUGAAUGUUAUUAAAACGUUAUCACCAAAAA